AUGUUGUUCUUACUUGUGACAACCAGAAUAAUAGCAUCUGAAGUACAACCUUCUCGUAUUCGACGCCAGACACAAGAUAAUUUCUCUCCGCUUGUCGAGAAUUUACAAAAACUAUCUCGAAUCUCUAAUGGAAUUUCUCUGGAAAUAGGUCUCAUUGAUGAAACCUUCCCAACCGACAGUGUCAUUUCGGAACUCCUUCAUAUGGGAUCCCUCAAACCAAACCAGUUCGUCGACUCACAAUUGAAUUCUGCAAAGAAUGCUAUAAGUGAGAUGUCAAGUCUACCGAAGAAAUGGAAAACUGACGAUGAUGUGACGGCUAUCGAAAGUCGAUUGGUUGUCCUUGAAAAUAUAAGAAAGGAGUCGUUUUCGGUGGAGGAUUUUAAGAAUUUCACGGGAAGGAAGGAUUAUGAGACACUUUUGGGAGAGAUGAAAGGUCUGGACGCCCAUAAAGCCAAUAUUAACUCGCUGAAAACUGAACUGGUCCAGCUGAAUGGAAUUUUCAUCGGACUGGAAAACAAAGCGAAGGAUCUAAACGAGCAGAACAUUAAAAGUGCAAGUCUUGUCUUUCCUUCAAUCGUGGACAGUUUGGGAAAAGUAGAGAAAUUGGUCACAACUCUCGAUCCACUUGUUGUCCUUCUCGGAAAAGCUAAGCAACUCAGAGAAUCCUCCAAGUUCUUUGAAAUGCUUCGUCUGGAAAGUGAAUUCAGAAAGAAUCUUACAAAUGUAUUGACCUACCGAGAGGAUCCGAUGAAAUCUUUCAAUCAAAACUUUGACAAUGUAUUCGAUCUUGGAAAAACGUCUGCAACCUCGGAACCAGCGUUCUCAUCGAUCGACCAAUUGAUUCUGAAUAGAAGGGAUUCUCGUGAAUUGCCAUGUGAAUACAGGUGUGGACUCGGAAAUGGAGGAAUUGAUUUGGAGAAGCUGAAGAAUGACUGUGGUGACGAGUGGAUUCAGAAACGGAUGACUAAUGGCUCGGUUGUGGAGAAGAACCUGAAGGAGUCUUUCUCUUAUUUGGAUGAAUUGAUUGGUGAACUGAAAAAUGUGGAGUUGGCAUGGAAACCGUUAGAGGAUGACAAGUUGCUUGUGAGAUAUGAGCAAGUUCGAGUAAUUCAGAAAGAAGCUAAUCAUUUGUCUGAAAUUUCGCAAGUGAUCAAGACAAAGAUUGGAGAAUUCAGAGCAUGCGAUAAACGCAGCACCGGGUUUCCAGGAGUCAAGUUUGAAGAUCUGAAAAACGUUGGAGAUGUGAUUGGCGAGCUUAAUACGGAUUUGGAUCAGCUCAGAUCUUUGAAUUACAUUGAAAAACUCAAAAAUGUGACAUCGAUGAAGGAUGGGUUGAGUACCGCCGGUAAACCUGAAAAUGAGCAGAUUCAAAUGGCUAGAACGUUUAUGCAAAAGAUGGAAUCCGAUGAAGAAUACAAAAAUGUCAUUGUCUCGUUGAAGACGCUUCAAACUGAUCUUGAAAGUAUGGAAACUAUCAUUCCGAAAGUUGUUGAUGCAGUUCCAAAAAUUUCAUUUACGUACAUUGAUGAACAUCAUGAGGCACUCAAUGGCAGUACAGCGUAUUUGGAUACAUACACAUGCCUGAACAAAAUUGGUGAAGAUGGAAAUCAAGUGAAGAAGACGAUUGAAUUCAUCUCAAGGAUUAAGGGUCUGACGGAACAGGAAGCUACUGGUGCGAAUAAAGUUAUUCAAUCGAUUCUGGAUUCACAAAAUGGUCUGAAAAACUCGAAAGAAGCAGCUGGAAAGAUGAAAGAGGUGGUCGCCCCAGAAGCUCUCAACUUGAAGAAAUCGUUUCCCGAUUCGAAAGAAGUUUCCAAGAAGUUGGGGUUGGCUGUGCGAGGAAUGGUGGAUGUUAAACGGAUGCAUGAUUCCCGAGACAAAUUGGCUCCACUCUUGAAGAAUUCUGAUGAACUUUUGAUUGAUGCGAAGUCGAAUAAUCUGGCUCAAAGUCAUUUGGAUUCUCUUCAGAAACUGGCUUUUAUCAAUACUUCUCUUACGGCAACACUGGCUGGAAUCGAUGAGUUUUUGAAGAUUUUGGAUGGAAUCGAGAGGAUUCGAAAGAGAAGAAACACUGGAAACAAUGAUUUCAAAGGAAUCGGAGGAAUUCUGAUAGCCGCCAGCAAGAUUCCAGAUGUUUCUGAUGAUAUGAGUGGUAUCCUAGAAGGUAUUAAAGAAUUGAAUACUGCCACGUCACAAAAGUAUGGAGAAGAAGAAAAAUCUGUGAAUACACUGAAGAAAUUAGAGCUUCAGUUUUCGAAAUUUGGAUUGAAAGACGCGCCGUCAUCACUGGAAGCACUGGACACCUUCUUUUUGGAUUAUGUAGGCUCGAUGACGUUUGUUCCGCCAUCUGUGGCUCCAUCGAUAGCUCCAUCUGCACCAGCGUCUUCUCCAUCUUCAGAAUUCUUCUCGACGACUACCAUAUUAACUACCACAUCUGCAGCAAUGGCUACUUGGUUGAUGAUUCUGAUCAGCGCCAUCGUUUUGGUGUGCAUAGCAUGUUUAAUUGGUGGUGUGUGCUUUUGCUGUCGGAAGAAAUCAGCCCCGGACGUGUUAACUCCGGAUGUUCCGGAUAUACCAAUACAAGUGCCACCAGUUCCAACCGUCCCACAUCCUGAGGAACCAUCACAACCGCUAGUCAACCCAGUCGAAGGGAACCAGAGACUGCCAGAAGACCAACAACAUCAAAAAAGACCAGAUGAGAAUCUGCCACCACCCGCUGAAGAAAACAGAAACCCCAAUUCAGUGGGAAGCAGGAAUCCAACAAAUCAAGUCGAACAGCAACCACCACUACAACAAAAAGGUGACAAUCCGACAGAUCCCAGCGUUUCAGCUGAACCGGAGAAAGCAGUUCAACCACUCGCUCAAGCUAUUCCAAAAGAAGUCAAACAAGAUCAAGUCGCUCCAAUAGUGGCCCCUGUCGUUGACCCGUCGGUUCCGUCAACAAGCAAAAAUCCGACUGGAGAACAAGAACGGCAAGAAGAGUUGCUUCCAUUGGAUAAAACACAAAGAGGAGGAAUCGAAAAACUGUCCUUGCUCUAUAGUGUAGUAGCUCUGGUAAAAAGAAGAAUGAUAAUUCCCAAAAUGUUGCCGUAUGAUUGGUUUUUAAUUCAAUUGGACCCUACUUAUCUGGGAGAGAAGACAAACUACGAUUUUAGUCAAUACGAGAAGAACUAUGAUGAGAGACGUGUGAAAGCGCACGUUACACAUCUAGACUCCAUGCCGGUAUUGGAAGGAUUCGCAGACCCUUAUAUCAAUGCGAAUUUCGCACAGUUAGGAGAUUUUAAGUAUAUAGCUACACAGCAUCCAUUAAUUGGAACAAUAGAUAAACAUUUUGCUCUCUUGGAACAAUCUGGUGUUGGAGUGCUCGUACAUUUAAAUCCGGCUGAUAAUAUCUUUAAGUAUUUCAAGACAGAAGAAGGCGGAGAGUUGACAUUUGGAAAAUACACUGUACGAACGGUUGGAAUCAAGGAAUUGCCGGAAUAUCUCCAGGUGCUCAGUGGGUUCAAACUAUAUGGACUAGUGUUAACGAACAAUGAGACUUCUCAUGAACAUAACUUUGAAAUUCUGGCAUACGAUAGAUGGACUGAAAACAAUGCGCCGAAAAAUCCAGCAGUGGGCGUUGGGAUCAUCAAAUACUGUGAUGCAUCGAUGAAGAAUGUGAUGCUUCAAUGCUACGAUGGUGCCGGACCUUCUGCUACUUUAAUGGCUAUCAAAUACGGUAUCAUGAAGAGUCGGACAACUGAAUUGAAAAAUCUUGGAGAUUUUGUCAGGGAAAUCCGUGGGAUCCGCUAUGGAGCGCUGCCGGUAUUAGCGCAUUUAACUUAUACAGUUAUCUGCAUUUCAAAAGCAUUGAUGGAUGAAGAAGGUAUUAUUUGGUUGGAGGAGUAUGACAGGAUGUACCACCAUCAUGUGUGCAUGGUGGACCGUUCGGAGCACCCAAAGAAGUGGAAAAUCGACCCGAAGGCAGCUUUUAAGGAGGAACCAAGAAGAGUUCCAGCGGCUCCAGGCGAUAUUGAAGAAGAGGAAAGGAAUAUUGAUAGUUAUUGUUUCGUGGAAAAGUAUAAGAGAUUCAAGAGAGGAAUUGUGAAAGAGCUCACAAAAGAUGAGCAUGAUAGAGCGAAACGAAUGAAGUUGGAUCAGAAAAAGUUUAAAGAAAGGAAAGAAGAAGAGCCAAUGGCGGUUGGAAGAAAAGAGGUGCAGAAGAAACAGAAAAGUAGAAACAAGAGUAUGGAUAAAAGUGUGAGCAAGAGCCAGAAGUCUGCAAAGACAAAGAAAUCGAAUCCAACUGGCAAGACAGAAACUUCCAAGUUGAGAAAAGUGGAGAAGAGUUUUGUGUUGUCUUUUCUACUUCUGCCUGUUGGUCUAUGUGCCAAAAUUUCAUGUCCAUCAAGACCAGAUGACAAUCUGCCACCACCCGCCGGAGAAAACAGGAAUCCAACAAAUCACGUCGAACAGCAACCACCACUACAACAAAAUGCUGACAAUCCGACAGAUCCCACCAUUUCCGCUGAGCCGGAGAAAGUUGUUCAACCACUGAGUCAACCUAUUCCAAAAGAAGUCAAAAAAGAUCAAGUCGAUCCAAUAGUGGCCACCCGUCGGUUCCGUCAACUAGCAAGAAUUCUAAGAUGA